GACUUAAUCAAGCAGAACUUUCAGUUAGUUCUUCUGGGUUUUUCAGCUUUCAUAUCAGUUUGGCAUUUCUUGAAUGGAGUCCCUAAUACUAAUCCUUUACAUCCUCAUUUCCACCACAACUUCAAGCACUCUAUGUGAUGCAAGAAGUUUAUCCCAAACCCAGAAAGCAGAACAACACAGAAGUACAACUCAGACAGUGAAGAAACUGAAACUAACAAACCACAUAGACAUACCAGUAGUACAAGCCAGCUCUCCAUUUUCCUCUCCACCUUCAGAUUCACCAGCACCAAACCCAUUGCCUUCUCCAGCUCUCCCUCUUCCCUAUUGUGUAAAUCCACAACCACCUAAUCCUGCUUUAUCUCCCACAUACCCACCUCAAAAUGGGCCCAGCCCACACCAACCUUGCAUCAUCCUAAGCCCACCUCAAAUCCCUCCAACCCCACCUAUAAGCCCACUAACCCCUCCCUCCCCCAAAGCCCAGUCUCCCCCACCAACUGGACCAAAAAACACUCCACCACACAAAAACCCCCAGUUUGCAGUGUGGUGUGUAGCCAAGCCGACCGUGCCCGACCCGAUAGUCCAGGCGGCCAUGGAUUACGCGUGCGGGUCGGGUGCGGACUGCAAGUCGAUCCAGCCCAAUGGAUCGUGCUACCAACCCGCCACGUUGCUAUCCCAUGCAUCGUAUGCGUUCAACAGCUACUGGCAGACCAGGAAGGUGGCCGGAGGGACUUGUGAUUUUGGAGGGACAGCCAUGCUGGUCACUGUGGAUCCAAGUUUUGAUGGAUGCCAGUUCUUCUACAAUGGAUGACUCAAGAAUUAAUGCAUCUAAAAUCCAAUUUAGUACGAGCUAGAUUAGACUAAAGAAAAUAAAGAUCGACUAGCUCAAUUUCGAUUCUCAUACACAGAUAGUUUUUCCAAAGCAGACAUCGCACUUUAAUUAGAUGGGGUCCUAUGAGUUUGUCUAAUUGCCAUUUUGGAUGUAAAAAUUUGUGGAAUAGCGCAAAAGGAGUGAGAUACAUGUUCAUGGGGAGUU